AUGAAUAAUUUGAUAGUUUCUGUGGUUUUGUGUUCUGUUAUUUCAUGUUUGGGAAGUGUGCUUUGUGUGCCCGAUUUAUUGGCUAGACAACAUGAAGAUGGCAGUGGAAAAUCUUACGAAGAAGCUCAAAAAGCUGCUCAUGGCGAAGCCGGAAAAAAAGCUUAUUCAGCUGAACACGUAAAUGAAAAAGGAGAAAUAGGACAUCACGACAAGGAAAGGCAUCAGAAAGAGUAUGCUGAAGAAGGUGGCAACAAGAAGUCCCACUUUGACGACAAAGGCUACCAUUCCGCCGGACACAAAGAAUCCCACUCAGAAAAAGGUCACCAUUACGCUGAUAAAGGCAGCUACGCGAAAGGUCACGACACCAAAGGCCAUCACAACAUUCACAAGCUUCAGGAAUUUGAAAAAACAAAGCAGAUUUUUGAUGAAGAUCAUGACGAAGCUCACAAAGAGCUGCACGGUGCGUUCGAAGAAGGCAAAACCUUUAAAAAUGGUGGUUUCAAGCAUGGAGGUUACGAUAAAAAGGUGUUUUCUCAGGCCGGAUUUGAGGCCAAAGAAAAAAAUGAAAAAGGUGGACAUAAUGUUGAGGAAGGAGGACAUAAGAAAGGAACUGGAAAGGAGCAAGCGUUCCAUAAUGCUGAAGAGUAUUUGAAGGCAGAAGGUGGGGAAGUGUGGAAGAAGUUUGGAUUUAAUGAAAAACAUAUUUGAAGAUUUUAGAGUUUAUUUUAUCGGCUAUACAGGAUGAUUUACGUAGCCCGUGCAUUACCUUGCAGGUGGAUUAGAUGCUAUCUCUAUUGAUCCACCUGCAAUCCAAUUGAAUUCUAGUGCACGGGCUACGACAAUCACGGUGUAUGUAAGACAAACAUAUUUAUUUAAGAUCUUAAAGUGUUUUGUAAGGCUUGUUAUAUUACUGAUCUGGAGUCUCCAAGACGCUGGAUGAGGAUUCGCUAAAUCUGAGUUGACUGAGUUGGUGGUUAAUACAAUUUUUUUUCAAAAUAAAUAUUUAUUACCUAUACCAUAUUCAUAUAUUUUAUUGCUGCAUUCUCAUUAAUUUUUAUUGAAUUUUAUUAUAAGUAUAACUUUGGGUAUAUUUUAUUUUUGAUUUUAGAAAUCAAAUAAAUUCUAUACCAAAAUAAUAUUACUUGAAUAUACCAAUCAAAAUAAUUCAAUAGGAUAUUUCUCCAUGCAUAGCAUAGCAGGACCUACGUACUUUAAUGAGCUAUAUCUGCUAUCACAGACAUGCGAUCCUCUUUACAUUUCAAAUUUUUUCUUACAAUGAUGAUACCUUUAAAAUAUUGAAAUUUGGUUGAAAUUUACGGGGGCCUAUUAUUUUCAAUGUAAAUUGUGCCUCCUUCUUUGUUAAUUUUUUUUUAGAUAUAUUUUUGUUUUCUGAAAUCAAAAAAUCAUCAACUACUAUUUAUUGUGUUAUGAAGAUUAUUAAAAAAAAUAUUUCAAAAAAUUGUCCUCUACCCUAUUUUGAAUAUAGGAAUGCGAUUUUCACGAGAGAUCUUAGAAUUUUUUUCUUGAUUUAAGUCAUUUUUUAGGGUCACACUCCCUUUAAACCAGGGUUCAAUUAUUAAACUUGAUGUAGACUCCUCCGCCUCAACCCUCGUACACUCUCCUUCCCGAAAUCCGAAUGAGAGGGUUUUUAACUGCGGAAUUCUCUGCACGAAGGGCUUCCAUGAUCAUCUGUAAACCAAGUCAGCAAGGAUAAAAAAUGAAGAAGAGGGAUAAAAAUAAAGGAGAGGAAGAGAUAGUAGUGUUGAAAAUCGAAAGUCACGCUCCAGGUCCAGACAAUUCGAAUCGAAUUCUUAAGGACCACCCAUCCCUCUUCUCCCACUCCAAGUAAUGAAGGAUGAUGAAAUAAGAUGGGUUGACCGGAAAGGAAAGGUAGUAGAAGAAGAGGAGGCACUCUUAAGAUUAGGUGAAGGAAAGAGUAGGUACUUACAGCUCGGGUAACUCGGUAACAUACAAGCGUACAAUUAUUACAUUCUAAUUCAUAAGGUUAUAUAUACUAUACCUAUAGCUUCUAGACACAGCUAGAUUAUGCAAGACGAAUUAUUCUUCUCUGUCAGGUGAUGAAGAGAAUUGAGUGUCAAAUAAAAUAAAUUACUAUUUUCAGAAGUUCGAUUUCACGGUUAGGUACCUAUUCCAUCUUGUAGAUUCUUAAUUUUUCUUGUAUCAUACCUAAUCAUAACGUGAUUUCCUUUGUGAUUUAUGUCUUAUCAGAAUUUCUAACAUGUAAUAAAACCAAAAACCGCUUAUUCUAAUGUUCCUUUAUACAAAAAAGAAAUAAACUUUCAAGAUUUUCUUGAACCUAAAAUAAAUGAAACGAAUUGAAAAUUUAACACUAUAACGUUAUAGUUUGAGAAAUACGUCACGUCAAGUCACCAAGAUAGCAGCUCCCUCACACCAAAAAAAAAAAAAAGAUAUUACAAAUACAAACUAGAAGAGAACACGAUAUCCCUUUUCAUAAUUUUUAUAGCCUCAGUGAACUUGGUUUCCAUCUUUACAUUACCAAUAGUUUUAGAGGCUUGCACCAAUUGCCUUAGUAACUCCUCUAAUCUUCUCAUACACCUCACAAUAGAUCCUUCAAAUAUUUCGGAUGUGUUGCAUAUUUCUGCAAAAGAUGCGCCGUUGCACCAAGAAAGUACUACUUCCAUAAGGUGCGGCUUAAAUUGAUUCACGUAUUCGUCUUCGUCUAUUGGUAAACCCGACUCUAAACUAGCUUUUGCUAUGAGUCGCGCAGAUUCCUGUAAGUCUCGUAGAGGUCCAGAUAAUUCUUCACUAAUCUUGGGAUUUUUCUUUGAGCGUUCAUCACAAACGAAACAGCUUAGAAACGCGGUAGCUUGCUGGGGAGUUAAUCUGUUGAAAAUUCCAUUGAAAAAUACUUCGGUGAUUACCAAUUCAUCCCCGCAGCUUAAUUCACAUGCAACUCUGCCUUUCAAUUGAAUAACAUCCUUAGCCGAACAAUAACCCAACCUCUUCAAUACUUGUUUUCGAGCUUUGAGUUCGUCAAGUUUUUGUAAUAUCUUGCUGGCAGCUAUUUUUUCAGCCGCUUCAUGUAAAGCCACUUCCAAAGUCAUUUUUUUAUGGUAUUUGUUAUAGUCGGCGUACAUACCAUUACUAUUAUGUAGGGGAUGAGCAAAUAACUUGCUUUCCAAAAGUUUAAUUUUCUUGAUAAUAAUCAAAAACUCAGGUUCUUUUAUUCCCAUAGAUUCGACUGGAUCCAAAAUUGAUGGGCCCUCCGGAAAUCGUCUUUCUAUCUCUUUCACUGCCCUCAUCAAAGCUUUCCUGACGGGCAACGGUUUUAUAUCAUCUGGACAGUGCACACGAGCUUCAGAUAGGUGAAUUAUAUCUUGGGAUUCUACAGGUAAUACCUCAAGUGUUGCUCCAUUUCCAGAAGGUAAAAUAAGCAGAACACGCAGCUGAAUGGUGGUACUAGGUUCACUUAUUAUUCUGCCAUCAAUAAUUGUGCUUUUGGCAGUAAAAUGUUUUUUGAAAUUCACCACUAAUCCCCAGUUAUAGUGCACAUUUUCAUGAACAAUCUUCACAAGCCUUCCUGGUUGCAUAAAAGGAAUUAAAUAUUCAGGCUUGUUAAUAAAUGCUUUAUAAUCCUUUGACAGGAGAUCAAGUUCCUUUCUUAUGCCAUAAUAAGUUGUUACCAGGUCCAAAUUUUUGACCUCAAUAGCAUCAAAUUCAUCUUUCUUUUUCUGAUAGUCUUCUUGAAGAGAUGGAAAGUGUGACUGGUACUGGAACUGAUAAAACGAUCUUUUCAACAUAAACUCGGGAUUCAUUUCCUCAAUUCUCAUAAGAUUUAGAAUCAUAUUGUAAGUCAAAUGAAAGGCAGAAUUUAUUGGAUCCGCAGAGCCUUUCAUUAAAUCUCUGAGACUUGCUGGAGAAAUAGCCUCAUCAACCAUCAGGAUUACUAUACCUUGAUCAUCCAAACCUCUUCUUCCGGCUCUUCCUGACAUUUGGAUAUAUUCUGCUGAUGAUAUGAGUCUUCUUUGGUUUCCAUCAAAUUUGUUGAUGCCAGUAAACAACACAGUUCUAGCAGGCAUAUUCAAGCCCAUGGCAAAUGUUUCUGUAGCAAAAAGUGCUUUUAUCAAACCUUCCCCAAAAAGAAUUUCUAUAUUCUCUUUUAAAAUAGGCAAUAAGCCACCAUGAUGAAUUCCGAUGCCCCUAAGCAAGAGAGGGAGCAUGUUUUGGACUUGUGGCAAUUUUUUAUCCUCGUCGGAUAGCACAUCCAUGGCGUUAUCAAAAACUAAUUGUACACAUCGUUUUUCAGCAGGUGUAUUAAAAUCCAUCUUUGUCAGUUGCAUAGCAUACAAUUCACAAUCUUUCUUGCUAAAGCUGAAAACUAUAACAGGAGCAAAACCUCUCUCCAUUAUCAUUUUUACAACUUUGAAAAUUCCAGAUUGAGAGGGGUCUUUGAUAUUACCCCCCUGUCGUCCUCUUUUCUUAUCCUUCACACGAGGAUUAGCAUUUUGUAGUGUAGCCAUUGCAGUACUGAAAUUAUCUUCGUGGAAAGCACCCUUAUCAUCUACGACCAUAUGUAUACCAUUCGCACCUGCAGCAAAUAAGUAAUAUUGCAAAGGUGUAGGUCUGUAGUCAGUAUAAACUACAUGGCAUGGUUGUUUGUAUAAGUAAGCGAUCCAUUCAGCGAAUUGCCUGGCAUUUGGAAUGGUAGCGGACAAAAAAACAAACCGCACAUUGUGAGGUAGUAAUAUAAUUGACUCUUCCCAUACAACUCCUCUUUCUGAAUCACGCAUAUAAUGGAUUUCAUCGAAUAUCACCCAACCUACUUCACGCAUUAUUUCAGAGCCUCUGUAGAGCAUACUUCGGAGAAUCUCUGUUGUCAUGAUAAGACAUGAAGCUUCAGGAUUUAAUGUGACAUCCCCAGUAACUAAUCCUACAUCUUCAAACUGUUCAGAAAAUUCGCGAUACUUUUGGUUAGACAGGGCUUUGAUUGGAGUAGUGUAAAUAAUUUUUUGCUCAUUUUUGAAGGCUUUGGCCACAGCAUAUUCUGCAAUUACAGUUUUUCCAGCAGAAGUAUGAGCCGACACCAAAACUGACUGAUUGUUAUCGACGCAUACAAUAGAUUCAUUUUGAAACGGAUCUAAUGCGAAAGGGUAUUCUUUAAGAGGUGGGCCGUAUCGAGGUUGCAAAGGAAAAUAUUGUUCAUUUGGUGGGCAAGCGACUUCAUGUGUACACGACUCGAGAGUUUUGAGGAUGUGCACUUUUAUAUUACGACGUAGAUCACGGGAACUAUUCUCCUCUGGCUUCGCAACUUCAACGCUUUGGAAGACCUUGUUGUAAUUGACUGUGCUUGGUUGAAUUUCCGCGUUCUGGCCUGUUGAAGGAUUCGUGCUGCAGUUUACCUCUUCAAAGCAAUCAAAUAGGAUUUCGACGCAUUUGGUGGGAUUGGAUACUCUCAUACCAUCCGCUUCCCGUUUGGUUUCUUUUUGAACUGUUUUCUGAUGAUUACUUUCUAAUUGGGAUGUCUUCUGAAUCCCAGUCGUGCUGUAAGCGGCCAUUAUGUAACUUUUUGUGUCGAUUUUAUAGUAAAAUAAUGCUCUCAUUGCUUUCCACUUCUCACUUUCUACUGGUCGUCGGUUCACUUUUUUACAUAAUUCAAAACCACUUCAAAAUAAAGAAAAAGGAGGGUAUUUUUUUGAGGUUAUGAUGAGAAGAGAAACAGAAUAUAAACUGCAUGAAAAAGAGCGGGACAUCACGUCGAUAAAGGAUAAAGUGAAGAAUGCUGUAUUCAUUUGACACCUGAGCACAGCACAAAAGGUUGUCAAGAGAUGGCACCACUCCUAACUACAGUUUACAGUGACUCUAUUACCCACAGUGGCGACAAUUGACGUUUUCAAUUAAAAGAGAUGGACCAUAAGUAUGAAAACAUUCAUUUUCCCGCCAAAAUUUGCUUGCUUGUCAAUGUCAAUGUGUAUUGGGUGUUUAGCAAUCCCCUCAUUUUUAUUCGAAUCGGUGACUUCACCAAUGAGUUAGCUAUCUUUGUUAAGUGAAUGGAAAAUGACAAUGACCUACAUAGAAUGAUGGAUCCAUCGGUAAAAUUUGAUAAUAAAAACGCAGGGUUUGAAAUUGGGAAUAAAAUGUGGGAAAAGUCACUGCUUCAUUCGUAGAACUUCG